CAACCUCCAACAUAAAACAAUAAAUCAACCUUGCCAGCUUACCGCCAGAGGCCGCUAGGCGAGAGACUACAGACAAGUACUUGGUGAGUAGUAACUACUGAUCAACUGUUUACUGACAUCCCGAUAAUUGAUCAUGGACCAUGUUACUAAGAUCGAUACACCAAGCACCAUAUGAUAAUUAAGCUAUGGCCGCCAGAUCCAUUGCAAAGCAGACCUGUGAGGAACUUCCUUCAACCACGAUGCAAGCCAAAGGACCACUUCCGAAGCACAACUUUGAGGGCCAUGCGAGAACUAUUCGAGAUUUUGUCUUCUUGCACGAUAACAUCCACAUCGUGACUGGUUCAGAGGACGGCACGAUGCGCAAGUGGAACUACGACACAGGACUCCUUGUUGGGAAACCAUGGAGUGGGGUGGGCGGAAGCAUAUAUACACUGGCAUUAUCACCGGACGGCAAGACAAUUGCGUGCGGGAGGGCAGAUGGAAGCGUUCAGCGAUGGAAUACAGAUGGAAAGAUGGUGCUUGAAGGUGCUCGGAGGGGUCAUAGCGACUGGGUGCGGUCGCUGUCAUGGUCCCCCAAUGGAGGUCAUAUUGCCAGCGGGUCCGAUGACGGAACAAUCCUCAUUCGAAACGCGACAAGUGGAAUAGUGGAGUUUGGCCCAAUCAAGACGAAGCAGUACCGGGUGUGUGCUCUUGCGUAUUCACCUUCUGGCAACAGAAUAGCAUCAGGCGGGUGGAAUACAACAAUUUGCAUAUGGGACAGCAAGACCGGCCAGCUUGCUCUCGGGCUCAUCCAAGGCUUGGGUUAUGAAGUGACGUCAGUGGUGUGGUCGUCGGACAGUACAAAGCUAUAUUCCGCGUCCGACAAAUUAGCACGUGUCUUCGACAGCACCUCAGGCGCACUGCUCCAUUGUUUCCAGCAUGACGAUGUCUUGUAUUCCAUCGCACUUUCACCCGCAUGCAAUGUCCUGGUGUGUGUGGGCGAUCAAGGUAUCGCACAAUUAUGGGACACAGAGUCCUACCAUUUACUUGGACAGCCAUUUAACCAUAAUCGCCAAAUCCUCCGCUGUGCAUCGUUCUCUCAAGACGGGAGAUACCUAGCAUGUGGCGGACACGACAAGACACUCGUCAUGUGGAUUGUCAACGACAUAGCUCCUCAGCUUCUAGCAACUACAAGGACAUCUUGGGGUAAUCGCGUCACUGACGAGGAACACAACGAUUUAUAUGACUCAUGUCUCUGGUACUAUUCCCAGAAAUCUCUUCCGUCGGAAUCGCCUGGCCCCAAUAUUCCCCACCUGUCCUUCAUUCGCCGCUUGUGGAACGUCAUCUCACGGCACCGUCGGCCUGCAGAUGAAUCUGUUUCACGAGAAUGCUCUAACCGUGGUUUCUUUGCUCGUCGUACUCGCUCAAAUUCGCCCGUGGCCAUCAUACCCACUCAAUUAACAACAGCAUGGAAGGUUCGACCAGCCGAAGAAAACGACUCGGAGGAAGAUGAAAAGGAGGAGGAUCCGGGCACAAGCAAACGUGGAGGCAAGCAACGGAAGGGAUCUCUUGUCGAAGUGCAAAGCCCACCUCCUUAUGAUCCCGCUCCUCAUGCUGAGCUCCACAGUGAAGAGCAUAGAAACUUCUGGAGACGGCUAAUGCAAAGCCCACCUCCCUAUGAUCUUGCUCCCCAUGCCGAGCUUCGCAGCGAAGAGAAUAGAAGCUUCUGGAGACGGCUAAUGCACACGUGAGGGAGGAGCCUAUUUCCACCAGAUCGGCUCCA